AUGGCCGACAACCCAAGCGGAGGAGAACGAGCUGGUGGAAGGCGUAAGAACCGCGAUAUGGGAAGGAAGGAGUUCAGUCGUCAAGCCAUAAAUAAAAGAGACCGUUCCGAGCGACAGGCCGAGAACAAGCGUCGCAAGAUCGAAAAUGGCGAGGAAGUCACCGCUCCAAUCUAUGCCACUCAAUUCUCAAAGGAAGAAAUCGACAAUGAAGAGCGUCGGCCGAAGAAGAAGGUGGCUAUCUUGAUGGGAUACUCGGGCACGGGCUACUUUGGCAUGCAAUUGAACGAGAACCAAAGAACAAUCGAGGGUGACCUGUUCGCCGCUCUUGUUUCCGCCGGUGCCAUCUCCAAAGCCAACGCCGAGGACCCAAAGAAGUCGUCAUUCGUUCGCUGCGCUCGAACUGAUAAGGGUGUGCAUGCUGCUGGAAAUGUCGUCUCACUGAAGAUGAUCAUUGAGGACCCGGAUAUUGUCGAGAAGAUCAACGAGAAACUGGGCCCCCAAAUCCGGGUUUGGGGUGUUGAGCCAACUACUAGUGGAUUCAACUGCUAUCAGCUAGUCGACUCCCGAGUCUACGAGUACUUGAUGCCCAGCUAUUGCCUUCUGCCGCCCCACCCCAGCACCUUCUUGGGCCAAAAGAUCGUGGAAUUGGCCGACAAGACUGGCCAGACGGAUGACCUCAAGUCGCGACAGGAGGAGGUCGCGGGUUGGUGGGAGGAGGUCGAUAAGACAUACAUCAAGCCUAUCCUGGACAACGUUCCCGAGGAUGUCCGCGCGAUUGUGCAAAAGUCUCUCUUCUGGUAUGACGCGGAGCAAGCUGCCGCACAGGAGGCCGAGACCGAUGCCGAAGCUGAGGCUACGCCCGAAACAAAGGACGAAUCGCCGGAAAAUCCCUCUGAGCCUGCGGAGAAGAAGCCUUUCAAGAUGACCCCUCAGCAACAAAUGGUUACCGACACCGUCAAGGCAAUCAAGGCCGCGUAUAUCCAGGCCAAGAAAGGUUACCGCGUCCCCUCAUCCCGCGUAACUCGCCUACAAGAGUGCCUCACUCAGUACGAAGGCACUCAAAACUUCCACAACUACACCGUGCAAAAAACACACAAGGAUCCCUCCGCUAAGCGACACAUCAAGUCAUUCAAGGUGAACCCGGAGCCGAUUGUCAUCAAUGGCACCGAGUGGCUGAGCUUGAAGGUCCACGGUCAGAGUUUUAUGAUGCAUCAGAUUCGCAAGAUGGUUGCUAUGUGUGCCCUUGUUGUUCGUUCCGGUUGUACUCCAGACCGCAUCAAGGAGACCUACGGCCCUGAUCGCAUCGCCAUUCCCAAAGCGCCUGGACUGGGCUUGUUGCUCGAGCGCCCCAUCUUUGAUAACUACAAUAGCAAAGCCAAGACCCUCGACCGUGACCCCAUCGACUUUGAGAAGUAUGCUGCGGUCAUGAACGAGUUCAAACAGCGGGAAAUUUAUGACCGCAUCUUCCGCGAGGAGGAGGAUACCACACAAUUCGGUUCUUUCUUCAACCACAUUGACCACUUCCCUCAAGAACACUUUCUGUAUACCACUGCCGGUGGUAUUGCGGCGGCUAAACUCGCUACAGCCCCCACUGACAGUUCGGAAAAGCCAAAGGCUGCGUCUGGUGGCAAGAAGGUCAACGAUCAGGAAGAUGCCCUUGCUGCUGUUGAAGGCGCAGAAGAGGACACUUCGCCUCCCCCGAAGGAGGGCAAUUAA